AUGGCACCCGGUCGACGGCGCAGCGCUGCUGAGUUCGAGGAAGACAGCGAGGCUUUAAUAGACGGCACUGCAUCGCCAGCCCCUCAGCCACUGAGAAACAGAAAGCGUGCCCGGCUCGAGGACGAUGCGUCUUCAGAGCCCUCCUCCCCCGGCCCCGUCCUCCCAGACAGCUACCGCACCACCUCCCUCCCUCAGCCUAACGGCGUCGUCUCCCACCUGAACCGCGAUGGCUACACCCCGGGCUCCAUCGUGCGCGUCAAAGUGCGCAACUUCGUCACCUAUACCUCCGCCGAAUUUAAGCUCGGCCCCUCGCUGAACAUGAUCAUCGGCCCUAACGGCACCGGCAAAUCGACGUUCGUCUGCGCCGUGUGUCUUGGGCUGGGAUGGGGGCCUCAGCAUCUCGGUCGCGCGAAGGAGCUGGGGGAGUUCGUCAAGCAUGGGGCCAGAGAGGCGGAGAUCACGAUCACGUUGGCUGGGAAGGAUGGGGAGGAGAACCCGGUCGUCAGGCGGACGAUCAAGAAGGAGGGCAACAAGAGCACGUGGCAGAUCAACAAGAAGAUGGCGAGCCAGAAGGACGUGCUGAAGCUGGCGAGGGGGUUCAGCAUCCAGAUCGAUAAUCUGUGUCAAUUUCUGCCACAGGAUCGUGUUGUGGAGUUCGCAGCGCUGAGCCCGGUUGAUCUGCUCCGCGAAACGCAGAGGGCGGUUGCGUCGGAGGAGAUGGUGGGGUGGCAUGUUGACCUGCAGAAGAUGCGGAAGGAGCAGAAGGCGGCACAGACGUUGUCGGCGCACGACAGGGAAACCCUCGCUACUCUGCAGAAUAGGCACAAUAUGCAGCGCGCGGACGUCGAGCGGCUGCAGGAGAGAAAUGAAAUGGUGGCUCGUGUGGAGGCCCUGGAGAGGUUCAAGCCCUAUGUGCAGUACAACGAACUGAGAGUCCAAGCUGGCGAGGCGAAGCGGAAGAAGAGAGAUGCGAUGGAGGACCUGAAGAAGCUGGAGAAGGAAGUUGAGCCCACGCUCAGGGCGGUCAAUGCAAAAGCGGCCUAUCAGCAACAGGUCGAACAAGUCACGAAGCAGCGCAAACGCCUCGUCGAGCGACUGGAUCAACAAGCCGAAGAUUUAUACAAGAAGCAGUAUGGCAUCCAGAAGCAGAUUGAAGAUCGCGUCAAAGACGAGGAAGCGGAAAAGGAGCAGGAGAAGACGAGGCGCGCGGAACUCGCCCGCAUUGAGCAGUCCCUCGCGCGACUGCAGCGCCAAAGAGAACAGGCGCCGAUUGACUUCGAUCCAGCGGCGUACAACGAGAGGAUACGGGAAAAGACACGCCGAAUCCGUGACAUUGAUACCGAAGCUCUCGAUGCUCGAAACGAGAUGGGCAGAGUACAGCGCGAAGCCCAACCAAGGAAGCAACAGAUUACGCAGUGCGAGAAAGGCAUUGAAAACUUGAGCACUCAAGCCGGCCAGCAAACAUCAAAGUUGAAGCAAGCAUCGGCUGACGCGAACCAGGCUUGGGAUUGGGUUCAGGAGAACCAGAAUCUCUUCGAGGGCAAAGUUUACGGUCCAGCAAUUGUGGAAUGCUCAAUCAGGGAUGCACGAUACGCCGAUGCCGUAGAAGCGCUGUUCCAGAAGGCGGAUUUUUGCGCAUUCACUUGCACGAAUCGAAACGACUUCAAGAUCUUGCAGGAAAACCUGUUUGGCCGCCUGCGAUUGUCAGACAUUUCCGUCCGUGUAGCGAGUAGGCCGCUCAACGCUUGGCAGUUUCCAGUACCGGAGGAGCAGCUGCGCGCGCACGGCUUGGAUGGGUGGGCUCUCGAGUUCAUUGCAGGUCCUGAGCCGGUCUUGUCGAUGCUCUGCGACAGCAUCAACCUGCAUCGGACCGGGCUGACACUUAGAGACCUUAAUGGGCAGCAGUUCGAGCGUCUGUCCGAAAGCCAAAUCGCCACUUGGGUGGACAGGAAGACAUAUUACAGAGUCACGCGGCGCAGGGAGUACAACGCUUCCUCCACCAUGACUCGGCAAAUCAGGCCCGCUAGAAUCUGGACAGAUCAGCCGGCUGAUGUUGGCGAGGAGAGGCAGUUGCGUCAGAGGAUCAAUGAGUUGAAAGAUGAGUUGAGCGAACUGCUAAAGACGCAUGAAGCUUCGAAGCAGAAGUUGACCAACCUCAAGAAUGAGAACCAAGAGCUGACUCGAGAGAAGGAUGAUUUGCAGCGGGAGAAGGAUGAGAAGCAGAAGGCUUUGGGCGAGUACAAUGCGCUGCCUGUCAAGAUUGCAAAUCUGGAAGGGAAGCGCGACAAUCUGAACAGCGAUAGAGCGAGCAUGAGGCAACGCAUCGAUGCUCUCAAAGACCAAGCAGAUGAUCUAGCUCUCAAAAAAGGCCAAUUAGCUCUCGACUAUGCUAACCUUGUCGAGACCUUGCGCAAGUCGCACAUCGAGCUUUUCGAAGCGGAAGUCCUGGAGAUCGAGGCAGCUUCGGAGGUUGAGACACUGCGCGAGCGCAACACGGAGAUUAGCCGACUGCUCGAAGUGCGCCGCGCAGAAGUCAAGGCCAUUGAGGCAGAAGCCAGCCGGAUCCACAACACGGCAAAGCAAGCUCUGGAGAGGGUCAAGCGGUACAACCAAGAGCAAACACCCGAGGAGCAAGUCAUAGUAUCAGCAUGGUAUAACAGCCUUGGAGAGAAGGCGUCAUCCGAAGACCUUGCAGCCGAGAUCGAAUCCGUCAACGCGAGGCUGGAGCUCACCCACGACGGCAACCCCGAGAUCAUUCAACAGUUUGAGACGCGCGAGAAGCAGAUCAAGCGGCUCGAGGAAAAGCUUGCAACCUCCACCGCUGAGCUCGAGAAGCUGGACGCAGACAUCGCCGCCCUCCGCGCGAAAUGGGAGCCCCAGCUUGACACCCUCGUCGCCCAGAUCAGCGAGGCUUUCUCGGACAACUUCGCCAAGAUCGGCUGCGCGGGCGAGGUCGGCAUCCACAAGGACGACGACUUCGACCAGUGGGCCAUUCAGAUCCGCGUCAGCUUCCGCGAAGGCGAGGCCCUCUCCACUCUCGACGCGCACCGCCAGUCCGGCGGCGAGCGCGCGGUCUCCACAAUCUUCUACCUCAUGGCGCUGCAGUCGCUCGCCCGCUCACCGUUCCGCGUCGUCGAUGAGAUUAACCAGGGCAUGGACCCGCGGAACGAGAGGAUGGUCCAUGAGCGUAUGGUUAAUAUCGCGUGCGAGGAGAAUACGAGCCAGUGUUUCCUCAUCACGCCGAAGUUGCUGAGUGGGCUCAAGUUUCAUCCCAAGAUGACGGUGCAUUGCAUUGCCAGCGGAGAGUUCAUGCCUGCGGAUCAUAGGGAGCUGGAUUUUGGGCACUUGGCGAGCGUGGCGAUGAGGUUGAGGGGGAAGGCUUGA